CCUACAUGACCAAAGCCUUCCGCCUUUUCCUCGGCGCCUACAAUCCAAUCCAUCCUGCUCUCCUUCUCCUUCUCCUUCUUCUUCUUCGUCUUCUUCUUCUUCUUCUUCUUCUUCUUCUAUUACUACUACUUCAUUUUCUCCACACGCGGCUGUGCGAAGACUCAACCAUCGGGAAUCGCUCCGUCCGUGUAUUGCUCCGAACAUGGGCUCACCAAUUGUCUUUCCGCUUUCCAGAAUACGACGAAAGAAAUGUGACGAAGAAAAGCCAACCUGUCGCCGGUGCCGGGAUAGCCAGGUCAAGUGCGAUGGCUAUGCAUUCAUCCCGCCCAAGAAGAAGCCCACUCCCCGCAAGCAUUCAAUGGCAGAGAAAAAGGCCAUGCAGGCCGUCGCAGUAGCAGUAGACAAUGUCGUCAACCAGUGUCGUCCGAGCCUCAACUACUCAGGCUUCGGUUUCGACGGCGACACGGGCGGAAACACCUACGACCGACUCUUCUUCCACCACUUCUGCGCCAUCACCAUUGUCGAAUUUGUUCGCCUCGCCAAUCCCCAAGAGUUUUGGUCACAGCGCGUACUCCCCAUGUGCCACAAGGAGCCCGCCAUACGACACGCCAUCGUGGCCCUUGGCGCCGCCCAUUACGUCUAUCUCCAGAAGCUCUCCAAAACCACGCCGGCAGACGUAAAAGAAUCAAUGUCACAUUACGAGUGUGUCGCCACAAGCUUCUACAACAAAGCCAUUGGACAGCUGGUCAGCUUGAACGGCAUCCAAGGCCCAGCCCUUUGGGAAGCCCAACUCACAAUGAUGACCUGCUGCCUACUCUUUGUCUGCCUCGAGAACAUCUUUGGCCGCUUCGAAGAAGGCGUCCGUCAUAUGCAGGCUGGCGCACGUCUAUUCGAAGCCUUCGACUUGUCAUCCGCCCCACCACGAAUGCACCAAAUCAUGCAGGAGAUUGCAACAGUCUUGUGUCGCUUCUGCGUCGAUGCAUUCUACCUUACCGACGAAUACGUCAUCCCCAACAUGACACCAUACGCCCCGCAGCUGGUAGAGCUCGAUGACAGCCCGCGGCCUUUUCUCAGCCUCACAGAAGCCAAGGACGCCAUGUGGGAUCUGGACGUCAAGAUGUCCUUUAGCGACUAUGAGGAAUUCUGGCCUUCUUCUGCCUCUUCUUCAUGCCCUUCAUCUUCUUCUCCUGCUUCUUCCAUUUCUUCUUGUUCUUCUACUUAUACCUCUACUUCGCCCUGCUUUUCUUCCCCCUCGUCUUGUUCUUCCUCGUCCUCGUACAUGGACAGCCCACCCAAGCAGGAUUGCGGCGGUCAAGGGUGCGAUCUGCAGAAGCGAUUGAUGGAACUGUGCGAGCCGUUUGAGCGAUGGAAGACCAACUUCAACCUACUCAUCGCGACCCAGCUCGACCCUUCGCAAUCCAACGCCGAAGUCCAGCGAGAGCUAUUGAUUCUCAGCGUUCGCCGCUGCCUGUGGGAUAUUUUGCUCUUCCCAGACGAAGACACCACCAACCCAGAGCUGUUGAAGCUAUACAACGAGCUAAUCGAAAUGACCGAAUCCUUGUACAGCUUCGAGGAUUCCUGGCUAGGCCGACCCAUGUUCACGCUGGACAGCGACAGCAUUCCCGCCCUCUACUUUGUGGCUACGACGUGCGAGAACCCAGCUUUGAUUGAGCGCAUCACACGCCUUCUGCGCGGUUCGAGAAGACGAGAAGGUCCUUGGGACAGCUGCAAAGUGGCAGACAAGAUUGAAGUGGAAGUGGAGAAUCCCAACAUUUGUUGUUCAUAUCGCUAGUGUGAGGCCGGGGCGCCAGGAACAAGACGGUAAUACUUAAGUAAUUCAACGUCCUUGGUAUAUUGCAAGCUUGUGCUCCGUCCUCGAAAUUGC